AUGGCGGGUGGCGGCAUUGGCGAAGAAGACGAGGAACAACUUCUACCCACUUGCUGUCCCAUUCGAGUUCCCUUGCGAUUCUCCAUGAUGCACAAUUGCAAGCCGUCGUGUGCGAGCAAGAUUUGCCCUCAAUGGUCGGCCAUCUCGUUCGAACACGAGUUGAAACGUUCUAAAUGUUUGUAUGUCCUGGCGGUGGUGUUCACAGCAAUAACCAUGGGCUCUGUGACAAUCCCAAGCUUCCAAAGACACCUCCACCGGAUCUUCCGCGACCUAGAUGCCACUUGUAAGGACUUGAAGAUGGGCAAUAACUGUAUGCGGCUCACGGGCUACAUGGCAGUGUUCAAGAUAGCAUUUGCAGUGACAGUUUUCUUUCUGGCUUUGGCGCUGAUCACUCUCCGACUGCCCGAGGUCAAAAGAGGCCGAGCCCACGUUCACAAUCGUAUGUGGCCUUUCAAAGGUUUGAUGGUGGUCUUGUUGAUCAUUGCUGCUUUUGUUGUCCCGAUCUCUCACCUGAACACACUUCACACAUCUUGGAUUUACACAUGCCACAUUGGGAACUGGAUCUUUAUCGUCGUUCAAACCAUCUACUUGGUUCAAGUCUCGAAUCAGAUCUGCAUGGGCAUUCAGAAACGAGCCACUUAUCAACGUCUCUGGCGACUGUUGGAAUUGGGGAGCUCCAUUUCGGUGGUAUCGAUUUGGGUCAUCAUGUCGAUUACGUUGUUUCUGAUUCAUGGGCAAAGACAAUAUUGCCUGACCAAGCAACUCAUUCUUAUUUCCAACACUGGUCUUUGUUGUACCAUAAUCUUGGCUUCCAUUACUCCUUGUGCCCGGGGCUCAGGUCGAGCCAAUCUCUACUACGAUCAACAGGCCUACCAGAGUUCCAUGUACGCCAAUCGAUUGAUUCAAUCCGGUUUGGUGGUGGUGUACACCACGUUUUGGAUUUGGUCGGCCAUGCAAUCGUCACCCGAACAACCCGGAGCGGUGGAAACAAGCUUCCUCAUGGACGAAGACGAUAUCGCUUGCCGAUCUCACCGUUCCAGUCGAUUUGUGGAGGAUAGUCUCACCGGAACCGCCGUCGUGAUGGCAGCCUUCACAUUAAUCUACAUCACUUCCAAGUGGGAAAUGACACACGAGCUCAAGGAGCAGAAAUCCGUGGCUCCCUCCACUUUUGGAGGCAAUGCUCUGCCUGCAACUCAACCCGGUCCAACUUCACCCAAAGCGAGAGACACUCCCACAACGUACCAAAUCUCGUUGUUCCACCUCUUCCUCAUUCUAGUCAUCAUGCAUUUGACCACACAACUGACCAAAUGGUUCCACCCCGACGGCUACUCGAGGCCGGAUUUUGAAAAAAGUUGGACCAUCGUGGUCAUCAAGGUGGCCAGUGGAUGGAGUGCAGCAUUCCUCUAUCUGUUGUACCUCCUUCUUCCAACUCGAUGCAUUCCCACCCAAUUUCAAGACAGCGGAACCACCGUCACGUUAGAACAACAACAACAACCACAACAACCACAACGGGAACAACCGGUACCGGAGAACAUUGAACUGAAUUUCAAUCCAAGACUAUCAAAUUUCCAAAGCUUUCCCAUUGCAGACUUGCGACAGAAUCUCGGCCACAUUUAA